AUGGAUGAAGAACAGCUAAUUCUCGAAGUACAGAGGAAUCCUGUGCUUUACAACAAGUCUCAUCCCAUGUUUAAAGAUGCCCGUAAGAAAAAAGACAUUUGGAACGAAAUUGGUAGUAAGGUAGAAGUAAGUGGUAAGUUGUCUAACUUCUAUUUUUAUGUCUAUUUACAUGUAAACAACUGCUGAAACUGCACUUUAUACAGCACUAUCAAUACUGUAUAGUACGCACCCUCAUGUGGCCCCUUCAUCCAAUAAAUUUUAAAAAAACAUGAUUAUAGGUGAAGACGUGAAGUUCAACUCCUGUUAUAUUUAUAUUCGUUCAUUCUUCAGACUGCAAACUAGGAGUAAAUUUAGAAUUAGAGUACGGUACAGUUAAAUCACAUCGUGUUGCAUAUAAAGUGCAAACAUUUACGAGUCGACUAUUUGAUAUAACAAUGUAUUUGUAUAAAAGUUGUGAAUUAGCUUUAAAUAAACUUCCGCUAGACAAGUCAUUUUUAUUGUAUGUAAUUUUUAUUUCAAUGGCUUCUCUUGAAGCUCGGUUCCCUGACAGUCGCAGAGCUUGUAUGGCUGCAGCUCUAGUUUCAUAUCCAAUUUCCUCUGAGUUGGCUGCACUAGAUGAGGUUUUUUGCAACUAA